CCCCCCUUCCAUGAACCAAAUCAGUCCCAUCUCACACUCCACCUCCACAUCUUCCCCUCAGGUAGUUUUGCAAUGCUUUUUCCCACAUCUGGUAGGAAGCUGCAGUAGGGUUCCCUCUCCCCAGUAUAGGCAGGAGGCAGCUCCAAGGGCUCUCAGCUCCCACACCUCUGUCCCUAUGCCAGCUGUUGCAGGGGCAGAAGCAAAAAAGCUGAGCUGUUGUUUCCAGAAGGGAUGGAAGAAGGAGGGAAUGGAGAUGUUAUGAGCUGCUACUCUUUGCACUUUCAGGGCUGGAGACCAUGGUACCUGAAGCAACACCUGAAUCUGGGUUCCUGCCCUGGAAGCCUGAUUUGUGAGAACUGUGAAUGGGUUGAAUCUGCAUGUGUGAAUCCUAAGGUACUUUCUGUUGAAUCUGCUAAUGCCAAUGCAUGUAAAGUUUUACUUUUUGUUUCUGAAAUAAUCAAAGCUGUUUGCUGGAGGCUGUACUGCUUUGGGCAUUUUCCCUGGUAACUUUGGAUUCAGGGUGUCAGCUUCAGUCUCUAGCUCUGCCACAGACUCCCUGCAUAACUCUGGGCAAGGUGUUUAGCCUCUCUGUGUUUCCAUUUCUCAGCUGUGAAAUGGAGAUAACAAUCCUGCCCUGUCAGGAGCUUGUGAACAUAAGCAAGCUCAGGUGCUCAGAAGCUGUGGUAGUGAGGAGGGUCCUAUGAGUAGAUAGGGGGUGGUAGACUGGUAGCAUGCAGAGACAGUUGAAAGGAUAGUACCAAGUGUCUGAGUGCUGGACAAGGGGUUCCUAGCCUGCAUCUAAUUUGUCUGUGCACGGUCCCUUGGUACGUAUGGCUGUGCCUGAUGCAGAGCUGUGCAUAUGAACUGGAGUAUGGAAAGUUUCCCUGUACUUGGGCAAUAUUAAUUCCAUAUUCAUGCACAUGGAGAGAUCCCUUAGUGGCCCUUCCGCUCAAACACUGCUGGAUAGAAGAAUGCCAGAGCCAGGAGGUCCUGCUGAGACUCUUGUCCUGCUGAAUGUUAUCUGCUUCUCUUCAAAAGAUCUUGGGUUGUGGUGAUCCCAGGAACUGUGGAGAACUGAAUACCAGGUGAAUUCUGCAGGCCAGGGGAUGGAGCAAAAGCCUGUCUCUUCCUAGACUGGGGUAGGUUAGGGUGCCUAGGCUGAAGGGCUAUCAAAGGCCAAACCCAAGGCAUUCAGUCAGCCACGUUGUGCUUUGCAGUACCCUGCCUGAGAUGAACAGAAACAGAUCAGGUUGUUCCCCUGCAAAUGGCUGGCAAGUGAAAGAGCCCCAGCCAGUGAUAAUAACAAAGCUGCUGUGUGCUCCAGCCAACAGUUUGCUCAACAAAAAUAUUAUACUGUUAUCUGUGAUUUAUAGUAGUAGCCAGCACCAAUAAAUCAAUUACCCCAGGAUCCCAGCUUUACCAAUAAAUCACUCACCAACACAUUGGCCUAGUGCUCAUGACCAUGCCAUCCCGAUGCCCUGGUACAGUGUUGGGGAGGCCAGCAAAAUUCUUCAGCUACUAAUUAGCUAGCGGGCAUAUGGGGUGAAAUAUUUCUUUAGCAGGGAACUGAUAAGUUAAUGGCUCUAAAUGUGCUCUUGGUUUUAGCUGGACAGUUUAAAAGCCAGAGAAUAGGUGGAUAAAAGAAUAAGAGUGGCUCAUGGUGACAAAGCAAAGCUCAGAGCGCACUUUUCCAGGGCUCCAUGGAAAUCUACAGUGACUGUGAGGUCCAGGAGAGCUGUACCGAUGGAAGUGGAGGAGAGGUCUGUAGACAGUCUCAGGAGGCCAUAGUGUCCAGUCCCGCAGCUGAAUCAGGAGGCUGUUUUCAAUGGGGAGGCUUGUGUCUAUAGCAAGCUCCCACCGUGGCCAGGCAUCUAUUGUUUGCACAAGGGUUGUUUGAUAAGCAUUAUGUUCUUCAGAAGAUGCCUACUCCAGGAGUCAAAAUAGCAUGAAAUUUAAUUUUAUGCCUAUUUGACAAAGCUUGAUUUCACCUCCAAUCAGCAGUGGCGAUAAGAGCCCUCGGCACAAGUGUGCAGGGUAGUUUGGCAGCUGUGACUGUGGAUUUAAUAGGUGAAUCGACAGGAACAGCACUUGAAAAUCCCCAGGGUAGUCAACCAUUAAGGUGAGCCCUAUCUUCCAUCCCCCAGCUCCCUUUCUGCAGUGUUCUCUGGUUGCUGGGCACUAAAGCAAACCAAAGCUCUGUUUACUGAGUCUACUAUUACAAUACAGCUACCAAAUAUUUGCCAGCCGUCAGCGCUGCUCCACCACUAUAAAUACUUCAGCCCCAGAUGGAAAGACUGCCAGGGGCAGGAGCUGGGAGCCCAUGCAUGGCGGGACUGUGGCGGUUCGAGUGAGUCCAAAGGCCGGUGGUGUCCAUCUCUAAGUGAGCUGAGAUGGCUGCAGGAGUAAUCAGGAACCCAGCAGAGUUCAGACUGCCCACUUCCUUCCAGCACUCAUUUCUCCACCCUGCUGUCCACCAGGAUAGGGACUUUCAAGAAUUGUCUGAGGAGGAGGAAGAUGAGGAGGAGGAGGAGGAGGAGGAGGAGGAGAUGGAGGAGGUGGAAUCACAGGGCAGUCCCACUGCUCCCAUUCCUGGUGGAGAAAGGCAAGAAGUCACAGCCACUGCCAGCCUACAUGAUGCAGAAAUGACACUACAGCUCCUCAGGUUCUCAGAGCUGAUCAGCAGUGACAUCCAGAGGUACUUUGGGAGGAAGGACAAGGAGGAGGACCCUGACUCCUGCAACAUCUAUGAGGACUGCUUCUCCCCACAAAGAUCGGGGCGGGAGCUGUACUAUGCAGACCUGAUGCACAUUGCCCAGAGUGGGGAACUGGAUGAUGAGGACUCCCACAGUGCUCAGGUGCCCUUGGGGCAGCUAGACCAGCAGGUUUGGAGGUCCAUUUGUAACAAGGAUGGAGGGCAGAAGCUGGGACCACUGGCUGAGCUCUUUGAAUAUGGCCUGAGGCAGUACAUCAAGCAGACAGUCUCUGACAGCAGAAGGCUGCGGCUGGAGAAGAAGUAUGCCCACAUCACCCCCAUGCACAGGAGGAAGCUGCCACCAUCCUUUUGGAAAGAGCCCUCUCCUGGCCCUGCAGGCAUCCUCAACACAAACACGCCUGACUUCAGUGACCUCCUUGCCAACUGGACUGUUGAGCCUGGGCAGGAGCUGCCCAAUGCCAGCAGGGAGCUCGCUGGUGAGCUGGGCCGGCAGGCUAUGGAAGCUGAUCAGUUCAAUGUGCUGUGAGGCAGAGGUGCCAGGGCUCCAGUCAGCUUCACUGAGUCCCAUAGGCUGGGACCAAGCUAGGGGCUGCUGGAAGGAAGCUACAUGCUCCUAAGGUACUGAGGAGUUUGUCCAAAUGGGAAUUUGCACACCCUGCCACCUGCCCUGUCCCAAGUGACUGUGGGUAAGACUGCCAUAUUUCUUCUUGUGCCCACUUUCUGCCCCAUUCUAGUUUGUAGGCAGCACACAGGAACCAGGCUGAUGCCUGGCGCAUUAACCUUGGGCCUUACCUUGCUCCUGCUUUUUAAGUAUGAUGGGCUUUGGACUUCUCCCAGCUGCAGCAUCAGCCUUUGUGUCAGUCCCAUCAAACUACCCAUGUCUGUGUGCUCUGCAGGGACGGCAAGGAUACUGGGCAGUGUCAAGCUGCAGCUGCCGCCAUAUGAUAGCCACAUCCUUGCCAUGUGCCACCUUGGUUAAUGAUAAAACUGGCUUUGCUUUUACAAGAGAGGGUUCUAAUGCUGUCAGUGGGGCUUUGGAAAGGUGCCAUGUGGGACUUUCUCAGCUGGGAUGUGCCAAGGCCUGAGAGCUGCUGUAGCAAGGAACACGUUUAAUUUUAUUUUCCUCUGAUUGUAACAGGAAUGACUAGGGUGAAUAAACCCUUCCUUGCAGUG